AUGUGUUUCUGUGUAAACUCUGACCACUGUGACGUGAACAACAAACCCAGAACACACAAGGAGGAGAUCACCGCGCUCAGGAAUCACAGAGACGAAAUCCAGAGGAAAUUUGACGCUCUGAGAGACAGCUGCUCUGUCAUCACGGACCUGGAGGAGCAGCUGACUCAGCUGAGUCAGGAGAACGCAGAACUGAACCGUCAGAACUUCUACUUGUCCAAACAGCUGGACGAAGCUUCAGACGAGUCAGAAGAUCGACUCCAACUGAGCCAAGAGGUGGAGCGGCUGAGGAGGGAGGUGGCCGACCGCGAGAUGCACCUCAACAACCAGAAACAGAACAUCGAGACCCUGAAGACCACGUGCAGCAUGCUGGAGGAGCAGGUGGUGGAGCUGGAGAGUCUGAACGACGAGCUCCUGGAGAAGGAGCGACAGUGGGAGGCCUGGAGGUCGGCUCUGGAGGACGAGAAGAACCAAUCAGAACGAAGAACCAGAGACCUGCAGAGGGCGCUGGACACCGAGAAACAGAACAGGGUUCGUGCAGACCAGCGCAGUACCGAGUCUCGCCAGGCGGUGGAGCUCGCGGUCAAAGAGCACAAAGCCGAGAUCCUGGCUCUGCAGCAAGCGCUGAAAGAACAGAGACUGAAGGCCGAGAGUCUGUCCGACACCCUGAACGACCUGGAGAAGAAACACGCCAUGUUGGAGAUGAACGCACGAAGUCUCCAACAAAAACUGGAGACGGAGAGAGAACUGAAACAAAGACUCAUGGAGGAGCAGGGGAAACUGCAGCAGCAGAUGGAUCUCCAGAAGAGUCACAUCUUCAGACUGACUCAGGGUCUGCAGGACGCGCUGGACCAGACCGACAUGUUAAAGACCGAGAGGACCGACCUGGAGUACCAGCUGGAGAACAUCCAGGCGGUGUAUUCUCAUGAGAAGGUGAAGAUGGAGGGCACCAUCUCGCAGCAGACCAAACUCAUCGACUUCCUCCAGGCCAAGAUGGACCAACCAACCAAGAAGAAGAAGGGCAUCUUUGGGCGUAAGCGUGAGGACGUUGGCACGACGACACACGGCGCGGUUCCGUCCGUGGCUCCGCCCCCUGUGCCUCUGCAGUACGGAGACAUGAAGGCGGCGCUGGAGAGAGAGAGAACACGCUGUGGAGAACUGGAGGAAGCUCUGCAGAAGAUGAGGAUCGAACUGCGCUCGCUCAGAGAAGAAGCGGCGCUCUUUAAAUCCCAGGAGCACCUCGGCCCCUCGACUCCGGCUCAGGCCCGACACCAGAUCCUCAUGAGCGCCAUCGUCAAGAGCCCCGAGCACCAACCGAGCCCCGCCAGCCUCCUCCACCCGUCUGCCCGCGCCAAGGACACCUCCACCCCCGAAGAAAAGAGAAGAGUCACCUUUGAAAAGUCGGGGCGGCGGGUGAAGGAGCGGAUGCAUCAUAACAUCCCUCACCGCUUCACGGUGGCGUUGAACAUGAGAGCCGCCAAAUGCUCCGUCUGCCUGGACACGGUGCACUUCGGACGGCAGGCGGCCACCUGUCUGGAGUGUCGUCUUCUGUGUCACCCCAAGUGCUCGCCCUGCGCCCCCUCCACCUGCGGACUCCCCGCGGAGCUGGCGACGCACUUCAGCGAGUCUCUGUGUCGAGACAAGAACAACUCCCCCGCCCCCCCCCUCAACGAGGCCAGCGGACACGUCCGCCUGGAGGGAUGGAUGAAACAACCCAGGUCAGUGUCACACGCACCACGCCCCUGCACACUGUGUGUACAGAACCAUCACCAGGUCCCAAACACACUGUGUGGAAGGGUAAAGCUGCAGUACGGGACAUUCAGGAGGUCCCAACACACUGUGUGUACGGGUAAAGCUGUACUACGGGACAUUCAGGAGGUCCCAACACACUGUGUGUACGGGUAA